AUGCCUAUUGCCACUGGCUUGUACAUCAUCAAAAACGUCAAACAAACUAACAUAGCUGCCCUCGCCGACCCCAACGACGGCUCUCCCCUUGCCGCCAAUGCUCGUUCGUAUGGCGAUGACGAAAAAUGGAAUGUUUCUUUGCUCGGUAACGGAAAGUACACCAUCCGGAACCUCCAGCAGGCAUCGUUCGCCAACGCGGGGAACCGCGCUUCAGCAGGCGCGACCGUCGAGGGCAGGGCGCAACAGCAACAAUGGGAGAUACAAGAGACCCGCGUGAAGGGUCAAUACACUAUCGCCACUACUGAUUCUCGCAUCUAUUGGGGGCUGGCCGACGAUCAACCUGGGACGCCCAUUGAACUCUCAACCUCUGCCACUGACACCCGCAACUGGUGGAGCUUUGAAAGGGCCUGA